UCAUUAUCUAAACUGCUGUAUUUACACCCAAACACCCCGUUACUUUGCUGUAACCACACACACACAUCUAUACCAAACACAACACCGCUGUUCAGACGACGCGAGGAUUAAUCAGUUUUGCCAUGGCGACGGUCGUUUGUUUCGUUUGCGGCAACUCCACCUCCGAGUUGAACGUCUCUCCUUUAUUCUCACGAAGCCAACGUACGCAUCACAAUGCCCCUUUCUUCCCGUUCCUCGAAUACCACGACCCCGCCCCCGGCGCCUCCCCCAUGCAAGAUGAUUGGUCGGUUGACGCUUGUUUCGUUUGUAAAUCGAUUCUUGCGCAACAAUGGGAGUCGUUCGAACGAGGUAGAAUGCCGAUAGGGAAACGACUUUAUUGGUUGAAACGACCGAGUGGAUGCGAGAUUCGACAACCCGUGUCGCAGAUUGAACUCGAAGAAAUAUUAAACGAACAUUCUCGCGAUAAUUGUGAUGAUUACGCCACAGAUGAAGAAGAUGGGAAAUCCCCCAUUCCGAAACCACAAGAACAACACGACGAACCACCCCAAAUAUUCUGCUACUCGUGCGCUAAAUCCGACAAAGAUCAUCCGUCGAUGUGCCCGGUGCAUUGCCAACCAUCGUACGAGCAGCUAAGAACCGGGGUUCCUUACUAUCCUACCGUGCUGGACAAGGAACCAUCGAAAGGAGCUAAAGUGAUUUGUAACUCAAUAACUUUCUUAUGCAUCUCGUGCUUGCCUAAGUUUACCCCAGAAUGGCACCCUGUGCAAAAAGAUUUUCUCCAGCAAGACCCGACGAAGUCCGUCCUCCCACGAAUUCCGCUUCCAGAGGUCGUGUUAUGUUAUAUCUGUGGUGGUGACGUCAGCACCAAGUAUAACGUGGGUCUGGUCCGAACGUCUGGGGCCACUGGAGGGGUGACGGCGGCGUUAACAUCACGUAAACCUAUCCUGGGGUCAACCCCCCUAACAUUUGGGUUCACGUAUUUGUGCACCAAGUGUUUGUCAGCGCCGCCGUUUAACGAUAAAGUUUGAACAUUGGAGGGUUCGGUUUCUAAACUGUUGUUCCCGGGUCAGGAGUCGAUAUUAGAUUUGUUUAUAGUUGCCUAACAUGGGUAUGCAGGAUCUGGAAUCAAUUAUAAUACAUUAUGUGACUAUGUGUAUAAUCUGGUUGGUGGUUGUACAUGGUAUAAAUGUAUGCCAACAUAAAACACAGGACAUAAUGUUAAUUUCCCUGUCACAAUGUUACCUUAUAAAAACAUUCAACAAUGCAUUAUAAUGUAUUUCCGCUUAUGUGGGCAACACUGGUGUGGGCAACACUGGUGUGAGCAACACUGGUGUGGGCAACACUGGUGUGGGCAACACUGGUGUGGGCAACACUGGUGUAUUAAAUAUUGUAACUGCCAUGUGUUAAAUAUUUCAUAUAAAAUGUAGUCAGAUAUUUUUCCAUUAAUUGUUGCGAUUGUUUCGUCGUAUUAACUUGUUUUGUCACUACAGGUAUUAUGACAUAAUGUGUAGAUUGUGAUGUAAUAAUAGGUUAAUUAUUCUGAAACAAUUAUCUGGUGAAAAGUUCGUUGUGACAUCACAACUAUUAAUUAUGACAUCACAGAAGAUGUUUCUACGCUUGUUUUUAUUGGUCGGAAUUAUUUGUAUAACUGGGGGUGAAAAUGUGGGAGCUAGUAAUAGGCGUAAAAGUCCAAAGUUCCGCGGCAACGCGACGAUAAACGAGGAGAAGAAGAAACUUCCACCAGGAGGCGAUAUAGUGAGCGACGUAACGAACCAAUCAAAUCAAUUUAAAGCAGGGUUGGAGGUUAUUGGGAAUAUAACCAACCAAUCACAGCCCACCAUACACGCCACGCCCCCUUCAACAGCCAAUCACGAUCAAGCAAAUACAACUACCAUAGAAAUAACAACCCAACCACAAACGACCACUAGAGCUCCUGUGACAUCAUCAACAGCGCCUGUGACAUCAUCAACAGCGCCUGUGACAUCAUCAACAGCACCUGUGACAUCAUCAACAGUGCCUGUGACAUCAUCAACAGCACCUGUGACAUCAUCAACAGCAUCUAUGACAUCAUCAGCUUCUGUGACAUCACAGCCUUCCAGUAUGACAUCAUCAACACUACCUAUGACAUCAUCAACUGUGACAUCACAACCACCUACUAUGACAUCAUCAACUGUGACAUCACAAUCACCCACUAUGACAUCUUCAACACCACAAACAAACACAACAAUACCUACUGUUCCCAAAAAACAAGGUGGUGGAAUAUCUACGGGUGUCGGGGUUUUACUCGGUGCGAUAAGUGCUGCCGUUAUCAUCGUUAUCUCAUUCUUCGUUUAUAAAUACCAACGUCGGUUCAUGCACGCUGCUCGAUUCAGGAGGUUGCAAGAUUCACCAUUGGAUGAGUUCGAUGAACUAAAUGGAGCCGACGCGGUUUACGCCGAACACACCGUGCCCAUUCGUCUUCGUGUGUGAUUUAUAUGAUAUCUAUGUUACUGUUAUAUGAUAUCUAUAUGCACCAAACUUGGGGUGGCAGGCUUAGCCUAGAAUUUUCUACACUACAUUAUUCAGUAAACAUUACAACCAAUAAGUUAGAUUUGUUUCACAGGAUUGUGUGUCUAACUAUCCCUGCCUCCCCUAUGUUUUUAAUAGUUUGACACCUGUUAUGAUAUCUAUGUUACUGUUAUAUGAUGUUAUUCUUUCUUCAAUAUUUGAUGAAAAGUUUAAAUCCAUGGUGCUUGGUCCUUCCUUGCCUUCCACCCACAAUCAUAUUUGUGUGCAAUUGUAUUUUACUUCUUACUUCUUGCACAUUUGUUGUGUGUUGUCUUGUCGUUGAAUAAAAUGUUUCAGUAGAUUAUGUGA